UUAGUUUUACUUACUUUCAUUUCUUGAAUCUCUCACAUUCAAUGCUCUCUUGUCUCUCUCUCUCUCUCUCUCUGCAAAUUCUUUCGAUGAUUGAAUUGACAUUUCAAUCGUAAAUCUCGACGGUGCUCUCCAAGAUUUUCGAUUCUCGCGAGCACAUGGACUCUCCUGUUGGGGGCUUGAGGGAUGCAUCUAUUAUAGUUCUUACAUUGGACACUGGUGAAGUACAUAUCAUUGCCAGCUUGUCUUCCAGGACUGACACUCAGGUCAUAUAUGUUGAUCCAACAACUGGUGCAUUGUGCUACAAAGGAAAGCUGGGUGUAGACAUUUUUAAAUCUGAAAAAGAGGCUUUCAAUUGCAUUACAAAUGGAUCACGAUGGCUGUGUAAGAGUGUGGUAUAUGCCAGGGCGAUAUUGGGUUAUGCUGCCCUGGGAAACUUUGGUUUGCUUCUUGUUGCAACAAAGUUAACUGCCAGCAUUCCGAAUCUGCCUGGUGGAGGGUGUGUAUAUACGGUGACUGAGAGCCAGUGGAUCAAGAUAUCACUUCAAAAUCCCCAACAGCAAGGAAAAGGAGAAGUGAGGAAUGUUCAAGAAUUGACUGAGCUUGAUAUUGAUGGGAAAUACUACUUUUGUGAGACAAGAGACAUCACUCGGCCUUUCCCGAGCCGUAUGUCCUUACAAAACCCUGACGAUGAAUUUGUUUGGAAUGGAUGGUUUUCACUGCCUUUCAAAAACAUUGGGCUGCCACAACAUUGUGUCACUCUGCUACAGGGGUUUGCAGAAUGUCGAAAUUUUGGAAGCUUAGGUCAGCUAGAAGGGAUUGUUGCUUUGACAGCUCGUCGUAGCAGACUGCAUCCUGGUACUCGAUACUUGGCUAGGGGUCUAAAUUCAUGUUUUAGCACAGGUAAUGAAGUUGAGUGUGAGCAACUUGUAUGGAUCCCCAAAAGGGCUGGUCAGAGUGUUCCGUUUAACACUUACAUUUGGAGACGUGGAACCAUUCCAAUCUGGUGGGGAGCAGAAUUGAAGAUCACUGCUGCAGAAGCAGAAAUAUAUGUUUCAGAUGAUCCUUAUAAAGGAAGCUUACAGUAUUAUCAGAGGUUGAGUAAAAGGUAUGAUGCUCGAAAUUUAGAUGUAGGUGUUGGGGGGAGUCAGAAUAGAAAAGCUCUGGUUCCAAUUGUAUGCAUCAAUUUGCUUAGGAAUGGAGAAGGAAAGUCAGAGUCCAUUCUAGUUCAGCAUUUUGAGGAAUCUUUGAAUUAUAUCAAAUCAACUGGAAAACUCACUUAUACUCGCAUCCAUUUAAUAAAUUAUGAUUGGCAUGCCAGUACAAAGUUAAAAGGUGAACAACAAACAAUUGAAGAAUUGUGGAAACUUUUAAAAGCACCCACUGUAUCUAUAGGCAUUUCUGAAGGGGAUUAUUUGCCUUCACGACAACGGAUUAAGGAUUGCAGAGGUGAAAUCAUAUAUAAUGAUGACUAUGAAGGUGCCUUCUGCUUAAGAUCACAUCAAAAUGGAGUGAUACGUUUCAACUGUGCUGAUUCUCUGGAUAGAACCAAUGCUGCUAGUUAUUUUGGCUCCCUCCAAGUUUUUGUGGAGCAAUGCAGGCGGCUGGGAAUAUCUCUUGAUAGUGAUCUGGCAUUAGGUUAUCAGUUGAAUAAUUAUGGUGGAUAUAUUGCUCCAUUGCCACCGGGUUGGGAAAAACGAUCUGAUGCUGUGACAGGGAAAACAUAUUAUAUUGAUCAUAAUACUAAGACCACAACUUGGAUGCAUCCCUGCCCAGAUAAACCUUGGAAGAGAUUUGACAUGACGUUCGAGGAAUUCAAGCGAUCAACAAUACUUUCACCAGUAUCUCAGCUAGCUGAUAUCUUUUUGCUGGCUGGUGAUAUUCAUGCGACACUCUAUACUGGUUCUAAAGCUAUGCAUAGCCAAAUCCUUAGCAUAUUUAAUGAAGAUGCUGGAAAGUUUAAACAGUUUUCUGCAGCACAGAAUAUGAAAAUUACUUUGCAGAGAAGAUAUAAAAAUGCAGUUGUGGAUAGCUCUCGUCAAAAGCAGUUUGAGAUUUUUCUUGGAAUGAGGCUUUUCAAGCAUCUUCCAUCAAUUCCCCUUCAACCCCUGAAUGUACUCUCACGACCAUCUGGUUUCUUUCUUAAGCCAGUUCCCAGCAUGUUUUCGACUGCUGAUGGUGGAGCCAGUCUUUUGAGUUUCAAAAGAAAAGACCUAAUCUGGGUUUGUCCACAGGCUGCAGAUGUGGUUGAACUUUUUAUCUAUCUUGGGGAGCCUUGCCAUGUUUGUCAGCUUCUUCUCACAAUAUCUCAUGGUGCAGAUGAUGCUACUUAUCCAUCAACAGUUGACAUAAGGACAGGCUGUUGUCUAGAUAAGCUUAAACUGGUUUUGGAGGCUGCUUUCAUACCUCAGUGCGUAAAUGGGACAAACCUCAUCAUACCCUUACCUGGGCCAAUUAGUGCAGAAGAUAUGGCUAUUACUGGAGCAAGUGCACGCCUUCAUGCUCAGGAUACAUCAAGUAUUUCAUUUUUGUAUGAUUUUGAAGAACUAGAGGGUGAAUUGGACUAUCUUACUCGUGUAGUUGCACUCACAUUUUAUCCUGCCGUUUCUGGAAACCCUGUGACUCUCGGUGAGAUCGAGAUCCUUGGAGUUUCGCUUCCUUGGAAAGGCAUAUUUACUAAUGAAGGCUCUGGUGCGAGAUUAAUUGAGCUGGCCAAAAAAAGUCAGAAGGAAACCAACCCCUUUAUGUCCACUUCAGAAUCUAAUCCAUUUUUGGGCAUUUUAAAAAAUGAAAAUGUGACACCAUCAGUGCAACCAAGCGCUUCUACUGACCUCUGGGCAGACCUUUUGACUGGAGAGGACCCGUUUUUGGAACCCAUCUCUCAACCAGCAAUAGGAAAUGUUGAUAAUGAGGGAAGUGACUUGCUUGAUUUCUUAGACCAAUCUGUUGUUGAAUUUCAUGGUGCUCAAAAUGAUCAUUCAGAUUCUUCAUCACAAGAUGUACGACCUUCAGAUAGUAGCUCCCAGCAGUACAUUACUUGUCUGAAAUCCCUUAUGGGGCCAAAUAUGGAAAGGAAACUAGACUUCAUAGAAGCUAUGAAACUUGAAAUUGAACGCUUCAGGCUGAAUCUUUCUGCUGCUGAAAGGGAUAGAACUUUGUUAUCAGUUGGAAUUGAUCCUGCUACUAUAAAUCCAAAUUUUUUGCUCGAUGACUCUCAAAUAGGAAGAUUAUGCAAAGUUGCAAACACCCUUGCACUGCUUGGUCAAACUUCCCUUGAAGACAAAAUUACCGCUGCUAUUGGUCUUGACACUACUGAUGAUAAUGUAAUAGAUUUCUGGAAUAUUGCUGGAAUUGGGGAAUCUUGUUCUGGUGGCCUCUGUGAAGUGCAUGCUGAAACCAAAGCAUCAAUACGUACAUCCUCAUCAGUGUCAUCUGCAUCAUCUGCAGGAGGUUCACAACCUGUCUUGUUAUGUUCUCAGUGUGAAAGAAAGGUUUGUAAAGUUUGUUCUGCUGGCAGAGGAGCUCUUCUGCUUGCGGGCUCUAUCUCAAGGGAGGUUUCAUACAACGGUGUAUCUAGCCAGAGUGGAUCAAGCCAUGGCAGUCAAAUUGAUUUCUCUUCAAAUCGUUCAGUAGCACUGGAUGGUGUUCUUUGCAAACAAUGCUGCCAUGAAAUUGUGCUUAAUGCAUUGAUCUUGGACUAUGUCAGGGUGUUAAUUAGUUUGCGAAGAAGUGCCCGUGCAGACAGUGCUGCAUAUAAAGCUUUGAACCAGGUGGUAGGAUCAUCCAGGAGGGAUCAUCUUCCUGAAAGAACUCAGUCUUUUGAUUCCCAGAGAGCUGUUAAAGUCCUAAGACAUUUACUUAAUGGAGGGGAAUCCCUUGCUGAAUUUCCUUCUGCCAGUUUUUUACACUCGGUUGAGACAGCGGCAGAUUCGGCACCAUUUUUGUCAUUGCUUGCUCCAUUAGAUUCUGUAUCACAGCAUUCAUAUUGGAAAGCUCCUCCAAGUACGACCUGUGUUGAAUUCUGUGUUGUUCUUGGUACUCUUUCUGAUGUCAGUGGGGUAAUCUUGCUUGUUAGUCCAUGUGGCUAUUCAGAGGUUGACACUCCCACGGUACAAAUCUGGGCUAGCAAUAAAAUACACAAGGAAGAAAGGUCAUGCACGGGAAAAUGGGAUGUUCAAUCUCUAAUCACUUCUUCACCAGAGUUUUAUGGACCAGAAAAGUUGGGUAGAGAGGAUAAAGCACCUAGACAUGUAAAAUUUGACUUCAGGAAUCCCGUUCGGUGCCGCAUUAUUUGGAUAACCCUACGUCUACAGCGACCUGGUUCAAAUUCUGUUAACUUUGGGAAAGACUUCAACCUUUUGUCUCUAGAUGAAAACCCUUUUGCACAAGUAAAUCGUCGUGCCUCUUUCGGAGGAUCAGUUGAAAGUGACCCUUGUCUUCAUGCCAAAAGGAUUCUUGUAGUUGGAAAGAAAGUGAUGGGGCUCACAUCAUCACCUCAAGUCCCUGACCAAGUGAAUUUGAAAAACUGGUUGGAGAGACCACCGCGAUUAAACAGAUUCAAGGUUCCAAUUGAGGCUGAGAGGCUGUAUGACAGUGAUCUUACCUUGGAGCAGUAUCUGUCUCCUGCUUCACCUUUGCUUGCUGGGUUUCGUCUGGAUGCUUUCACCACAAUAAAGCCUCGGGUUACCCAUUCACCCUCAUCAGAUAUCCAUGAUACAUCAUUGACAUUUUUGGAAGACAGAUAUAUCUCUCCAGCUGUGCUGUAUAUACAAGCAUCUUUUCUCCAGGAACCUAAUAGCAUGGUAACAAUUGCGGAAUAUCGACUGCCAGAGGCUAAGGCGGGAACAGCAAUGUACUUUGAUUUCCCUAGGCAGAUACAAACCAGACGAAUUUCAUUCAAAAUUCUUGGAGAUGUUGCCGCAUUUACAGAUGACCCUACAGAACAAGAUGAUUCUAGUCUUAGAGCUCCAUUAUUGGCAUCUGGGUUGUCAUUAUCUAAUAGAAUUAAGGUGUAUUACUAUGGUGAUCCUUAUGAACUUGGGAAAUGGGCUAGUCUUUCAGCUGUUUGAAUGGUUAUUUAGACACACGUAGAAAAGGGUUAGGGGAUUGAUUGGGAUUGGUUGUGGUUGUUAUAUAGUUCAUUUUUUGUUGUUGUAAUAUCAGUAUGUAACAUUAUAUUCAUUGAUGUAAUAAUAUCAAAGUCGUGAAAUCAGAGUA